CGUUGUUGAGUCGACAAGGCAGCAUGUAAAUAAGACCAAAUGAACCAUUAUACAUAUUACGGAUCCUUUGAUUUAACAUCGAUUAUGUGCCAAUUGUUUCAACUAUUAGCAGGAGACAAGCAAGGCGGAAUUGCCUGAAACAUCACAGUAAUAUGAAGUUGUACAGAAUACCAGUGAACUCCUAGGAGCAUUUGAUGAUCAUGAGACGGAGCCCAAGGAGACCCCUGAUCCUCAGAAGAAGAAAGUUGCCCUUUCAGCAAAAUGAUCCACCAGCUGCUGAAUUGAAAAGCCAAGAUGAUGCAUCGGGCUCCAAAGAACCUUCUAAACCAGCUGCCACUCAGAGAUUCCCCGAUGGCAUCCGCAUUAUUGAUCACCCUUCCCUGUCUGACACACAGGUGGUGGUUGUCCCCAAAACAGCAGACCUUCAAAGUGUUAUCCGGGCCCUCACUGCCAAAGGAAAAGAGUGUGGAGUCCAGGGGAGGAACAAAUUCAUCCUUCUGAGUGAGAAUAGCAGCCGGGACAAUGGAUCUUUUUGCCAGCCUGCUGCUGAAGGGGAUGACGUCUCGACAGUUGAUCAAACAGCGAAAACAGAAACGAUGCACCGCUCCCCGGAUGCUAAACAUCUCACCGGACUUAAAGCAUUGAAUAAGGAACUUGAGUGUGGUCCUUUAGACGACAGCCUCACCAAUAUUCAGUGGCUCGGCAAAAUGAACACAUGUGGCUUCCAACCAGAUCCUGUCAAGCAGAUGGCCGGCAAGGAGAACCUCACCAUGAGUUCAGGGACUUUUCAGGCGCGAAAUGCACUAAUUGAUGCAGAGUCGGCUCAGCAGCCCAUGUCAGAGCGCCCACCGUACUCCUACAUGGCCAUGAUCCAGUUUGCCAUUAACAGUGGGAAGAGCAGGAGGAUGACACUGAAAGAGAUUUACAUGUGGAUCGAAGACCACUUCCCUUACUUCAGAGAGGUGGCCAAACCAGGAUGGAAGAACUCCAUCCGCCAUAACCUCUCUCUGCACGAUAUGUUUAUUCGUGAGACGUCACCAGACGGUAAAAUCUCUUUCUGGACUAUCCGACCUGAGGCCAACCGAUGCCUGACUCUUGAUCAGGUGUACAAGCCUGGUUGUGAUCCAAUGACCGCUCCUGUUACGGUGCCAAUGCUUUUAUUUUCCAACCAACAACAAAAGAGAAUGCUUCCUGAUGCAAGAAAAAUGCCAGUUAGCUCUGAGAGAAGGAUGAAACCUCUUCUCCCUCGAACCGAUUCCUACUUGGUUCCCAUCCAGCUGCCCGUCAACUCCUCCAUCUACCUUCCGCCCGCCCCGUACCCCCCCACUUGCUUGCAGCAGAAACGGCCCACUUCAAGAGGAGCCAAGAGAGUGCGGAUAGCUCCUAAGGUGAUGCAAAGCGACGCCCCGGCAGUAGUGCUGCAUCCUCAGAAGAACGAAGACCUCAAGGUGGAGGUGAAGGAAGAGCUGGUGUGUGUGCCGAUUAAAUGCGAGACUCCUAAAGCCCCUCCGAAGAGACAAGCCAGCAGCUCUCGGCGCAAACAGCGGCUGGUUCACUCUCUGGACGAGGAGCCGGUCCUCCUCUGCCCCGAUAACACCUUCUUGGACUCCGGCGUAGUCUCCGACGCUUCCACUUUCCAGGAGAUGCUGACCACGGAGCUGGAGGAGCCUCAGGAGGAGGAGGAGCAGCAGAGCCCCGACCGAGGCUUCUCCUCCUCAAAGACCCCCGUAAAAAGCAGCAGCCACCUGACCUCCUCCACGCCCAGCAAGCCUCCCUCUCUCGCCCUACCCGAGCCCUGGAAGGUGACCCCCCUGGGCAAAGGGAGCCAGAGCGCUCUAGACUUUAGUCCCAUCCGCACGCCAGGCGGUCCUGCAGUGACCCCCCGACACGAUUACACCACCUUUAGCUUCAACAGCACUCCCUUUAAAGACUGUCCUCUGUUUAGCUCCCCCAGAGAGCUGUUCACAGUCGCUCCCCCCCCUGCAAGCACAGACUCUCCCAUGGAGGGCCUCAGAAGCGACGGCUCCGGAGGGCUGCUCCAUGCGGGAGGAGGCGCCGCCAACCGCUCCAUCACGGAGGGCCUCGUCCUGGACACGAUGAACGACAGCUUGAGGGAGAUCCUGGUGGACAUUAGCUUCUCUGAUCUGGUUGAGGAGGACCUGGGUAUGGCUAAUAUCAGCUGGUCCGAGUUCAUCCCUCAAUUUAAGUAGAGUAUGGGCAAAAACAUUUUCGACCACAUGAAAACACUAGAGGAGAAAAUGGGGGAAAAAGUUCCAUUUCAAAGUUCCUCUCCACUUUCUAGCUUUCUCAUUGGUUAUUUCAUUAAGGGCUUCUUUCUAUAAGUGAAUGUCUUCCUGUUUUCUUUUGAUCCUUCAUCCUACCUAUCAUAUCUAUGUAUGUGAAUGUAUGUUGAUUUGCACAUUUUAAUAUAUAAUUUAGCUUUUGCGUAUGUAAAUGUAAAGACAAUAUAUUGCCUGAUAAGCCAGCCAGAUGCGAAUCGACUUGUAGAUUGCGAGAUUGUUAGCAAUAAA